AUGGGUGUCAUCAACUUACUGACCGACAUGGCUUUAAUUCUGUUUCCAGUUCAUGUCAUUAUUACGCUCCAGAUGAGCAUGGCCAAGAAGGUCACUAUACUCACACUCUUUGGCACAAGGCUGCUAGACAUUGUUGCGACCGCAGUUCAGAUGACGUAUAUCGGCGGCCUCUCCUCCCCGGACUCAACUCGAGAACUUUGGAAAUGGACUCUCAUGACUCAGAUCAUCGAGUGUAUCACCAUCCUUACAUCCUGCGUACCCUAUCUUCGACCACUUCUCGAAUCUAUCCCCUCUGGUCUUUACGGCUCUGAUGAGAUACGUCGACGCGGCACACCGUCUGAGUUAGGUUAUUCGCGCAAGAAGGGCGGAUCAUACCAGCUAAGCAGUACGGACUCGAAAGCUGGAGAUACGAGGCCUCAAAGUAGGAAGAGUCGCACCGACAGUGGUGUAAAACGUUUCUUGCCCAUGCUUUCGCAGGACCGAACAACGCACUCGAAUUCGGCCUCUGGUGUACCAGGUGGUCCGCGCCGUCUUGAUGGACGGAUAGAUGUCGAGAUUACGGCCUCAAAAACCAACCCCGAAAAAGACAGAAAGUGGGAAACUGACAGUAUAGGAAGCAAUUCAAAAAUCCUGAAGACCACGGUCGUCAGUGCUGAGUGGGAAGAGGCGCAACAGCAGAGCAGAGAGGGCUCGCUCGAUGCAAUCAAGGUCCUGAAAUGA